AAGUUAUAUUUUUAAAGAAAAAAAACCUAUUUAUUGUUUUGUCUCUUUAGAAGCAGAACAGAAAGUGAAAAGGCUCAGAGCAGUGAGUCAUAGUUUGACACCGUCAUCGUCGUAUCAUCUCCGCCGUCUGUCUCCGCCGUCGACAUAGCAAUUAUGAAGCGGAAGAGGCAAUCUAAAAUAACAGAUUUGAACUUUGAUGUGUUGAAACACGUAAUGUAUCAGGUUGCUGUGUCACCUGAUGGAGCUAGAAAUCUUGCCCGAACUUUAUCAGUCUGCAGACUGUUCAAGGAACUUGCUGAUGAUUCUGACAUCUUAAAAGCCGUGGCAUUUGAUCAGGUUAAGAUUUCUGGUAUUCAUGAAUCAUUCUGGCAACCUGCUGGGAUGUUAUGUAGGUGCUUACCGACAGGAAAUCCAACUGCUUUCAACGCAAUAAGAAAGAAUGCAGAGAUAUUGAAUGUUUCUUAUCUGAUUCUCAAGAGGGACAUGUUCCGUGGAAAGAUGGAUGACAAUAAUGUUGACCUGCAGAUUCUUUUGGCAAGAAGCAGAGCUCUUGAAAUUGCAAAUACCAGGGCAAGGAAGAAGGCUCUUGAAGAGGCCAUAGAUGGCUGCACAAGUACUUUUGAUGCCGUUGAUGCUCAAAUCGAAACUAUUGAGCAGUUUUUGGAGAUGUUGAAGGCUGUAUUGAAAGUAAUGAGAACUCAGAUUGCUCAGUCAGGUUGAGCUGUUGCCGUGCUUUUUGAUGCCGCAUGAGUAAAACAUCUACAAAGACGAGUACUCGACAAAAUCCAAGUUUUCAGCAUUUGGGGCUUUAAAUAUGGGUGAUGCAGCUUGCUGAGGUUAAAUUCCCCUUGUCGUCAUCGUCAGUGAGAUGGCAUAUCAAAUAUAAUUGUCACUUCAAACUUGCCAAUUUUGGUGCUCUGUGUAUUUGAGUCUUCUACCAUUUUUCUUUUUAACAUUUUGUGGUGUCCAGACUGAAAUAUCUCAGUUCAGAUAGGAUGUAAAUCUAUUUGCAAUCCAUACACUUCCAUUUUUGCUUA